AUGUUCCGCCGACUGCUGCCAACAGUGUUGAAUGCGGGAGCCGUGUUUACAAGCACGAUAGCAGGACAUGUCGACCCCGUGUGCAAUCGCCAUCCAGUUGCAGCAACAACGUCACGCAGCUGUGGUGCACAACCGUUGCUCUGCGCACGGCGAUUUGUGGGCGAAAAACGGUCGAAACCUGCGAAACGUGAAACCAAAAACGCCCAAAAACAGGCCGUUAAAACUAAUGAUGUUGCCGCUGCUACUGCUACUACUGAUACCAACCGAAAUUCCACAAGCGGUUUGGCGCUGCCACGGCCAACUAUGCAGGGAGCUGUUACGCCACCGCUGCCAAUUGCGAGGAAUGAGACGGCGGAACCCAAGACAAAGUUGAAUCGCAUUCCGAAGCCGGACCUCGAGAAGCUGCCGCUGAAUAGAAAUGCCGCAUCGCGUCCCUCUGAGUCAACAUUAGUGUACAACGCACUCAUUGGACGCAUGACAUCCGAGACGUCCCAAUCAGUCGUGUGCCUGAAGAGCAUAGGCUUCGGUGUCAACGCAAAACGGCAGGUGUACGUUGAGAAGCCAGAAGUACUUCAUGAGCUCGCGCAGAAGAUGCGGAACGGCACGGCGUCGCUGCCAACAAACUGGCCCAUCUCCAUCGUCCGGGCACUCGGCGUCAUUCUGCGCAACCGUGCCAUUGAAGAUCCUGCAGGAGCGAUCCAGCAGAUGAUUCAGGUGAAGAUCAAUAGUCUAGCGCAGAGCCGCUACGCCUCCAUAACUAACACUGUCAGUGCGACAGAAACGUCGGCGUGCAUGGAUGGACUAGUGGACGACCUCAACGUGAUGGAGCUCAACGACGAGCAGGAGCGGGUGAUUGGGCUUGCCCUAAAAGGGCACAUGCUGUACAUUGGCGGUAGUGCUGGUACGGGGAAGACGGUGCUGUUGCGCGUGUUGAACCGGCGUCUGCAGGCGGAGCGGCUGCGUGUCGCGAUGACGGCCACGACGGGGGUAGCUGGCUGCCACAUUGGUGGAUCUACUUUCCACCACGCGAUGGGCGUUAGCUCGCAGGGGGGAUUCAUCCGCAAGAACCACCUCCUUGACUAUGACGUCAUUGUCAUUGAUGAGGUGUCGAUGCUCUCGAAGAAAAUGUUCGAAGAGUUCGACCGGGUCAUGCGCGAAGAGGCAGGCACUCCAGACAUCCCUUUUGGUGGGGUGCAGAUCAUCCUGUGCGGUGAUUUCUUGCAGCUUGGCGUUAUUAACGAGUCCUCCGUCAUCGCGUCAGCGUUGUUCCAGGAGUGCUUUGUGAAGGUACGUCUCGAGACACUGGUGCGGCAGGCCUCGCACACUGUCUUCGCAGAUGCCCUGCAAAGCAUGCGUGUAGGUGUCGUUCCAGAUGCCCUCAUGAACUCGCUGCAGCAGCUGCCGCCUGGAACGAUGGUGGAGUCCGCGGUGAAUCUCCUUCCGACAAACAAGGAGGUGCACGCAGCGAAUGAAAAGGAGCUAGAGCGACUCCCUGGAGAAACCGUCAUGUUUGCCCCGGAAACAGGUAUCACGUCUCUCAAGUGCGAAGCCACCGCAACCCUUCUCCUGCGUACUGAUCCAAACUUCAAUGAAGAAGAGUUCUCGAAGCAUGUGCGCUCGUUGCUGCAGGCAACGCUAGACUUACCGAGCACCUCGUUACUCUGCUUGUACCGUGUGUAUGAGGACGGCCACGCGAUGCGGGUAUGUCUCCCGCCGAGUGAGAGCGCCGCGUGGCGUGACGCCAUGCGAGAGAGGUUCCUCGAGGUUGCUGGGCUUAUCAACGACUUGGAUCUCGGCGCCACAGUGACGGAGAUUGUGCCAAACGGCGAUGGUCUGCACACCCCUGAGACUGAGGAGUACCUGCAGAAACUGAUGGUGAAGCACCCAAUUGCGCAGCCAGUGACAUUCAAGAAGGGAUGCCGUGUUCUGCUGCGCUCGAACCUCACAUCACGUUUGGUGAACGGUAGCAUUGGCACGGUGGAAGACUUUGUAGAAUGCAGCCUCGAGAACAUUCCCGGAUUCCUCCGCAGCGAGCGUGUAGACAACUGCGUGGAGCGUUACCGCAUCUACUGCAUGACGGAGUGUGGAAUGCCGGUGCCACUUCUGCCUGUCGUGAAGUUCCACAGUGGUGAGACAGUCGUCGUGCCCCCGUGGGAGUUCACUGUUGGCGGCAGUCCCCUUACUCACUACUACAGCCUUAGCAGCGUGGCGUUGCCGCUGACCCUGGCGUACGCAUUUACGGUGCACAAGGUGCAGGGGCUGACGCUGGUGGGGCGUGUGCACCUCGAGCUCUCCCGCAUGUGGCCCUGCGAGCACCUGCUGUACGUCGCCAUGAGCCGCGUGCGGAACCCGGAGCAGCUGACAGUCUCAUCCUUUCAGAAUGACUUGGUUCGGUGCGCAUCGGAGUGCCUCGUCUUUGACGACUCCUUGCCGCCUGUUGAGCGAGUGCGGGUUCUGCCGCACUUUUUCCAGGCUACAUGGCAUCGUGUACCAAGCAGGCGCAAGGCGGCUCUCCGACGGAAAUUGAAGGACAAGGAGCUGCAGCAAAAGCAUGAUGAAAAGAAUAGCGAUGGGCAAAAGAGGACAUUGAGAAAGCGUGUAAAGACUGUAAGCAUGAGUCGUUGA